AUGUACGCUUCUAAUCGUCUUCACCAGAACAUCUCUCUACAACAACUCGCCGCAGAGGAAACCGGCGCCAUUCCAUCGGGGCCAAGGACGGCCGAGUUUUUGCUGAGAAUAUCACGUGCGCCUGCACCUUGGAAUCUGAUGAAGCAUUUCCCGGUUUCUCGAAGAGACGGUCACUUGCAGAAUGCCCACGAUCAGAUUCCCAGAAUUACGCGAACGCAGCCAUGCCAGAUCACAGCGCGUCGCCAACGUCUCCUCCCGGCUCUGCCAACAACAAUGGAAGGCGGAGAGCCAUCAUUUCCGUUGCAUGCUGCUCUGUCGCCCGCUGGUCUCCCUGCCGCGUCUGCCGCCAGCCCAAGGGCGUCUGCGAGAGCGACGACCGCGACCCUCUCUGCGAAUGCUCCUCGCGGUUUACCUACACCGCACCCAACUGGGGGUUUCCAUCAUCCUGGAGAGAAUGCAGGUCUUUGGCUUCUAUCUCCAGCUUCUGCGUCGCUAGGGCCCAAUCCUGGAACCGUUGAGGAGCGGCAGCGCUUUCGCUCUCCGGAGAAGGAGGCCUCCGACCGACACAGAGGGACUCGCGUCGCCUAUGUGUCACCGCCUCUGUGUCCCUGCGGUUCGCCCCGCGUUCCCCAUACUUUCGCGCAUGCCUGCGCUGCGUUCAACACCCUCCCGAUGACUUUCUCAACCGACCAAAGACCGACGGAAGAGCCCACGCAUGGCGCGUGUGUUCCGUUCCCCGUGUCUCGGCGUGGCGCUGGGCAGGAGGCGAACACUGAGGGCGCAGGAGUGCUGCGGAACUCGAGGUCCAUGCCUCUCGCCUGGGGAAGACGCGAGCGAGGCUGUGCACACGAGGUAAGAGGCGGAGGUCGUGGGCGCCCAGAUCCGGGACUCGUGCACAGUCCGUUGCUUGACGUGCUUCUGUCUCGCCAUCAAGAUGAAGCGAGUUUUCCUGCAAAUCAAAACUCCUCGGGACUCUCCUCGGCAGGACUCGAAUCGAAUCUCUCGUCGAUUGCCCUUGCGCAGUUUGCAGGACAUAUGGCUGCGCAGACACCCUGUCGUUCUGCGAGUGAGGCGAGCGGAGCGGCCCAGCCGUCGUCUCAGCCUCUCCGGCUGUCUCCCCUGUGGCCAACGAACUCAGACGAGCAGCAGAGAACGCUGGCAUUCUUCCAAGCGUUCGGCCCCGUCAAGUACAUCUUUUGGGACCUGUGCUCCUGCCCACUGCUUCUGCGCGGUCCGGUCGCGUCUCCCAUUGCCCGCUUCGAAAAAUCAACACCGGAAAGAACGCGCGUGGAGACGGACAGCGCGGUGACAGCAGGGAACAGCCUGUCUCGUCCGGCCUCCGACUCGUUCUCUUCCGCUCUCGAGCGCACCUUCACACCGACUGAGGUUGUGUUGAUGGUCGCGCGCUUCUUCAAAGCUGACGUCUCCGCAGUGAAGCUUUUUUAUGAAGAAGACCCGGAGACGCGCCCGGGUGCUCUGACCUCACGAGACGUGGUGUCUCCACAUUCCUUCACUGUGUCGGCCAGCCAAAGAGGAGGAGACAGCGCUGUCGCUGGCGAAUCCGAGGGACUCGCCCCGGUGUCUCCACUGCGCUCCACCUUGGACACAAACAGACAGAGCUCGGACAGCCCGUCGAGGCCGGGCGGGCGGCUGCUGGACUCCUUGGUUUACCAAGGAAGUCUCCCGCAUCCGGAGUCUCCAGAAGCAGCGGGGAGAGCCUGGAAGCCUGGUGAAGGGGAGGAAAAGGACAGUGGAGAAGGAAGAGCAGAGAGAACACAAGUUGCGGCGUCGGCUCUAUGUGAUAGGCUCGACAGAGACAGCCGCGUUCUCCUGUCCGAAAUGGGGUGCCUUGUGCACGAAUGCCACAGAAGACGAGUCAUGGACUGCGUCGUGGCAGAGCUUCAACGCGCCCUCGUCGCGACAAGGCGCCAUUCCGCGGAUGAAAUCAUGAUGACGCUCCAUUCAUCUCUGCAUUUGGGGGAUCUGGAGAUUCUUGACAGCUGCCUCUCGCCAUCUGCGACGCCGACUAUUGUGAUUUUGUCUUCUAUCCACUUCGACUUCACGGAGGCUCUGAGGACAGAGAUCGAGAGGAGCCGCUUAGGAGAGCCUCCUCCCCGCGUGCGUCUUCUCGUCUGUCACAACUAUGACUGGCCUUUCCGUCCGACGGGGUUCCUCAGCCAGUUUAUUCAGAAGAUGGAUGUCCCUCCUCAGAUUCAGUCGGCGGUCUACACAGCGACCUACCGCCAACUCGUGUCUGCAGUGUAUGACAUUCCUGUCUCGCUUCUUCUUCCUUUCAGUCCUCUGCCUUCGCUUCCGUCUAACAGCGGCGAUUGUCGCCACGAGCAGUGGGCCGGCGGGGGAACAGAAGACGAUUCUGAUGUCCCGGCCCCGCUCCGUUCACCUUCGUUUCCUCUGCACAGUUCAUACACCUCCCCCAGUCCCGUUCGCCCGCCCCCUGUCGCUCCCCCUUUACGGGCGUUGGCCGCAAGGCCGGACGACAGCCCCUGGCGAGGCCCGUGCCGGCAGAACACGUUUCCUCAGGAGAACAGAAACGCCGCGCUCUUGUCUCUUGAGUUCGGAGCUCGGAAGGCCGCUCAGCAGUCUUCCUCUGCUCUUCUCCCCAAAUCGGACGCUCUUUCGCCCUUCUGUCUAACCCAUGUCUCGGCGCCCCGUAGCCGGCCGCCCGGUGAGACGGUGUCCUCAGGGGACUGGGUCGCGCGAGGGCAAGAGUCCCGUGCGGCAGUCCCUUCUGGCGAGACUCUGUCCCCUCCCGACGACUGCAGACGCCGGCAGUUUGGAGACACUCAGGGCGGCGGGCCCGCCCCUGGCCGGUGCGACGCAGGCGACGCGAGGCAGAGCGAUAGCACUUGGGAGCACCGAGGGCCAGCAGACGGACUGCCCAGGUGCGAGAAGGGAGAGAGAGAAGAAAGUCCGUUCCGUGCUACGACGCCGCCGCCACUCGGCACCACCACGAGAACAGCGUCUGGGAAGGAACACCCGUGCAGCGCGGAUGACACGGCACUCCACAGCGAACAGACCCGAGAAGGUGCGCCUGUUUGUACCGAAAGAACUUUGGACGAGGCUUCGCCCGAUGUGGGUCGUGCCGCCCCAGUGUGUCCGCCGAGCCCGAACCCCACAGCGCGAGGGCGGCAGAGGCAACCCGUCUCAGCCGAGAAGAGAGCGCGUGGCGACGAAGAAAACCCGCACGGCGGAGUCGAAGACGCUGGCCAAGGUGCUCUGGGGGGCGGGCGAGUCUCGCAGAAAGAUACGCGAAAUCCCUCUCGGGACCUUUUGGACUUCUUGGAGACUGUCGCCUUGCCACACUCUUCCCAGGUUUCUCAAGAAGCCGCCCACAACAACUUUCAGCUUCUCAAGCGCUGCUUUGCCUCCGAGGCAGACAGAAGAGGCCCAUCGACGGCCGCGCCUCACGCGGCGUUCCUUGGAGACAUCGGCGCUGCUGGGGCCCCCAAGGAGUCCGUUCCCCUCGAUCGACGUGCUGAGCGCCCAGAGGAGACAGCUGAAAGGGUGGAAGAUUUGCCAGGCCCUCUCGUCCCCUCUUCUCCCUUGCAUGCGCAACUGCCGGGACGCGCCUCUGAAAGCGUCGCCGGGGGCCAACGCAGCGCUGGCUCCUCGCAGGAAGGCGAGACGGGCGCACCAAAAUUUUCAGGCGAGGAACGGAAAAGGCCCUCCGUUUUGUCCGCCUCGCCGUCGCAUUCGCAAGGUCUGGCUUCGUCUCCUUCUCACGAGGCAGGGGAGAGUCGCGCUGCUUUCCAGGUUGCUUGUCUCGCAAUGCAGGGGCAGGAAACCACCGCGCUUUCUGCCGGCUGUUCACUUCCCGCUCUCGAGCCGCGCUCGGGGAAAGACGCGAGCGGCACGAAAGGCCAGACGCAAACAGACGCAACGGGCGAGGAAGAGGGAGAGCUGGGCGUGCCCUGUGGGAGCCAGCACCGCCCUUCGAGCACCAGCGUGGCCAGCCACUUGGAGCCUCCGCGGUUCGCGCCUGCUGUCGCCUGGAGGCGUCGGACACCUGACCGGCAACGCUGUUCCGCCGACCCUCUCCCUCCGUCGCCCGUAUUCUUUCAUCUUGCCGAGCGUGAAUCUGGAGAGGCGCCUCGACGUCGCGAAACCGAGUACUUUCUUCUCGACACGUCGGGCGAGGAGUCGGCCAGUCAGCCGAGCUCCAGCGACUUUGGCCUCUCGUACGCGCAGCUGCGCGACAUGCGAUGGGCCAGAGAGCCGCGCGACUUGCCUUCCAACGCAGUGCCUCGGACCUACCUUCUGUCCUCCCCACCGUCAGUGUGUGACGUGAGUGUGUCCAUAGGGUCUUCGGAGAAACUCGAGUUCAGUUUCGAGGACGGCGACUCUCUGAGCAAGGUGACUCCCCCGAUGGCUCGAGGCUGGAGGAGGACCGGCCAGCAGUGGCACCAGGGCGUGCGGCUCGGCAUCUGGGCAGAAGAUCUCGGGCAAGCGGAGAAGCGAGACCGCGCAGAGGCGAGAGAAGACGCGGAGUCACGAAGAAAAACAGGAGAUGACAAUCUCCAAGGCAGACGCGAACGAGAAGGGGCUGAAACCCUGGAGAGCGGAAAAGACUCCCGGCGACUCGGCGAGCCAGGAGAAAGGGGAGCCCGUGGCAGCCCAAGACCAGUGCCUUUGUUCAGUCCCGAGACACAAAACGAAGGGGUGGCCUUUCGAGCAAGUCCCCAGCGAGAGGAAGCGAGCAAGGAAGAAGACGCAAGUCACGCCCCAGGGCGUUUAAACAGAGAAACAGACCUGCGAGAAGCCCAUGCCUCACCUUUUCAACUCGGCGAAGAAUCUUCGUCGACUCUUCCUGGACACGUACCUGGUUGUUCGCCCCAGCCAGAGCAGCGUGCUGCGCCUUCGGUGCCUUCGUCUUCUUCUGUCUCAGGUUCGAUCCGCACUGACGCCGACACAAUCGGACGGCCAGGGCCGUCGGCGUGCGGUGGCAGCGAUGACUGUCUUGAAGAAUCGGCGUUUCCACCUCCCGCUUCUCCAGGAGCAGCCGGCGGACGUUCCAGCGAAGGACAUUUCCGGCAGGCUCCGUAUGCCGCCGUUUCGCUGUCUUCGUCGGUUCCAAGCGGCGCCUUCUCGGUUUCCGUUUCUCCCUCUUUUUUGCCUUCUUCGGCUGGGUCCCAUCCUCGCCUGGAGACGCACGCGGGUCUUCCUCGAAGGGACGCAGGGCCGGGACGCGCAAACGCCAAGAGGCGCGUCUCGCGGUUUCGUGGAACUGAUGGCAAGCAGCCUGGGCAAGCCGAGCAGGUCGGGCCAAAUGAACCCGAAGUUUCUGGCGCGCCGCCCCACUCUCCCGGCCUGUCGACGUCUAUCGCGAACGCAGGGCACGAACCCGCGUCAGUCACUGGACUGGCCUUUGCAAUCGGAGACGCUGUCUACGCUUCGUUCUCUCCGAAUUCUCGCUCCCCAGAUGUUGCGGCUGCUUCCUCCGUUGCUCUCCCGUCAGAAGGUCUCGUCAGUUUCCUGCCUCUUGCUUCGUCUUCCCCUUCUUCCCCUUCUUCUUCCUCCUCUUUUCCUUCCUCUUUUUUCCCUUCUUCGUUGCCUGCUGUUUCGCAGCCUGCUGGAGUCCCACCUGCGUAUGCCGUCGGUGCGCCACUUUCCGCGGGACUGUCGAGGCCCGUCGCCGUUCCACGUCUGCGUCUUUCGACAGAAGUGAUGCCUUCGGAGUUUGAGGGCCCCGGGUCAGUUCCGGCGUCGCGGCUGUCUCUCGAGACGCUGUCGCUGAUCGCGGCGUCCCCGCCGCCGUUCGUGUCGAGCUCCUCGUCGCCCCGCAAUCUCCAUCAAGUUGCUCCAGAGCACCCAGCGGACACGCGGAGAGGCCAGGCGCCCCGUGCACUGGCGCAUCGCCGCGCGUCCGCCGCUGACGGGGCUUCGCCAGCGUCUUUCUCCUUUGCGUCGUUCCUCUCGCUUCCAUCGGGGAACGCGGACAGAGACGCCGCCUCAAGGAAAACCGAAGAGGAGGAAAAAGCCUCGAAAGCCGAAGUCAGCCCAACUCGCCGACUGCGGCGCCUAAAGACGACGACGGAGCAAGCCAGGCGGGAGGGGCUGCGUGGCAGCGUGAACGAGUUGGCGUUUCGCCAUGCCACCAGACGAACUCUGUGCCUUCAGGGGAAGGACGGAAGAGGCGUUUCUGCCGACGGGCAAGGGAGGGCAGGGGGGGACUCCUUCGCUUCGCUGCCUCUGCCCAAGAGCGCAUGCGUGGACGCUUCGUCUCGAGCCUGUCGGCAAGCUUCCUUUUUCUUCGCAGAAGAGAAGAAAGACGACGGUCCCGACCGUCGUUUGCCUGCGGAAAACGUCUUUUUCAGUUUGUGGCACGCGGUCACAGGAGAAACGCCAGCGCGAGAGAGACAGGCUGCGUUACCAGCCUCUUCCCUUUCGCGGGGGCCUCCGGGGCCAGCAGAGCCUCGAGGCGCGAAGGCGACCUCCGCGAUGACGGGGCAGGGGGGCGGCGAGACGAAGCAAGGCAAAGGCGAAAAGCGGGGAGAGAAGGAAGAGAGUCGGGGAGAAGAGAGAGCAAACGAAGACCUUACAAAGAACGAAAAUGCAGCUGCUGGAGAAGACGUCGUUUUGGAUCAGAGCGCACCCGAUGCAGAGCACCGCCGAGGCGACAGUCUCUUUUAUCCAGUCGCGAUUUCAGAAGACCGACCAGAUAUGCUGCGAAGUCUGAAGAGAGAGGACCAGAGAGACGUGUGUCCCUGGCGACAACAAACAGAAGAAGCUCUCCACGGUCGAGAGAGAGAAGAAGAACACCUAGGUGAGGACGCUGGCCUUUCCGAGCCCCCGGCAAACGCAGUUUCUUCGUUUCGGAACCCGCCACCUGAAACGGCGUUUCUCUGGAAUCCUUCUCUGGGACGCCUUUCCGAGUGUCCCUCGGCAGCGAGGAGGCUUCCGCCGCUCGCGCCCUCGCAUGGCAGAGCGUCCGGGGCUUCGGCGGAGCUCCGUGCGCUGCUGCAGGUGGACGGAGGGGUGACCAGAGGCAAGGAAUCCGCAGGUAGGGCAGACGAGACAGCUGAGAAGGGCGAAGUGGACGAACAGGCCGUCGUGCGCGAUGAAGAAGAAGGAGACAGUAGCGCAAGAGCACCGCGAGCUCUCACGACAGAGACAAACGUUGCAGCGGAGAUGCAGGGGAAAGGCGGAGUCACGCAGGUGAUGGGCACACACGAGGACGCGAAUCUGAAGGAGACUCGAGGAUGCAGUGAAAGGCUCGCGGAGCCAAUGCGGGGUGAAUGUACACCCGGUGGAUCGGCCGACCAUCAGUUCCUAGACGUUCCUGCAGACAAACAGGCAGAGGAAGCGUCACCAGCAGAAGGAAAAGAGCCGUUUUCCUCAGCUGAAUCGUCUUCGCAGACUGCACUUCCGGGGGGGAUCACAGCCGAUGGAGGCUGUCGGCGUUUGCCGGAAGACGGAAAUCGAGAGGCGCUCGAGGAAGCGGGAGAAGAGAGGCAGGAAGCGAGGAACACCUGGGCGCUGGAUGGGGAGAAAGAAGAGGUAUUGACUGCAUGCAUGGAAGAACCGCUGGGCGGAGACCAGGGAGUCGGAACGUGUGUGCCAUCGUCCCUCGAGUGGAGUGUAUCGAAAGAGCCACAUCGCGAAACAUUCAAGACCUUUGCUGGCCGAGGCAGGAAACGGAGCGACGAAGACGAACAGGAUGUCUUCACGGCACGCACGCGCGUCCCAACAAAAGAACAGGAACGGCUCGCUGAUUUCUUUGGCGUGACGAAGCUGGCGUCUCUCCCUUGCUUCUACAUCCUCAGCACCAAUCAGAAUGUUACCUUGGCGAUGGUGACUCAGUUCCUCCUGCGGUUUCCGGAGCACGUGAAAACGGAGCAUUGGGGAAAGAGGCACGUGUUCAGGUCGACGUUUCGCCGGGAUGAAGACGUGGAUGUGCUGUUUUCUCACAGCUCCGAAGGCGCCUUCAUCGAAGAAACGCCUGCGGAAUUUGGGCGAGUGCGUCUGAUUUUCACGCGGACCCUGCCCCCGCCCAUGGCCUUCGUUGUCGACGACGCCUCUCUCGAUUUGCUCUCCAGUGACGAAGCCGACUGCCCGGUGCCACCGGCGCCUAGCGGCUCCACGGCAAAACGUGCGGCUGCGUCGGUCUCGCCGCUUCGGGCUCGUCUCCCGCCCGAGGACCUCCGAGGAAGAGAAGAGCAAAGGGAAAACGCACAUGUUGGGCGGGACACGGGAAGGCCAGGGGACAGCCUGGAAUCACAGCGGCCUGCGACACCCCAAAUGUCUCCAGUCCUGGAAGCACGAGAGGCGCGCUCUGCUACGGAGAAGCCACAGAGAAAAAUAGGCCGAAAACGAACGAGAGACGACAGAGACUCCGCCACGAAGGCGCCGCGCGCGGCAGAAAAACAAAUCGAGGUUUCUCUGAAUCGACCGGGAGAAGCCGAUCCGAAUUCAAGUUUUUUCGCGGCUCGACAGGAGCAGAUCGCACAAGAACGGCCCGCCUACGGGGAGAGUAUACGCGCAGGCUCGAAGCCGGUUGUGUCUUUGUCGCUCUGUCCGGGCGCGAAUCUGGAGACUGCACACUCACUCGACGCAGGCGCAGACGAAGGGAACCGCGCCACGGCUUUUCCGCGACGUCUUUGGGUUUUUCUCGGGUCGGCGCAGGGGCAGAAAAGCGGCGCGCGUGAGACGGAGAAAAGGCAGGCAGAAGAGAGGAGAGCAGACGACGGACCCUGCGAGAGGACUGGGAGGAUUUCCGGCGGGGAGCAUGGGGAAGCGAAUGACCCGCAGGCAGACGCGUUGUGCGCAGGAGGAACAGAUGAGGCUUCUGCGGCCGAGGCCAAGAGGCUCGACACGUCACCGUUGGCCGUGUUUCGCCGGUGGCUGAUGGCGGAACCCGAAGAGGGCGAUAAGGAGAGCCUUCGCGAGGAAGAGAAGACGGAAGGACGCGGUCAGGCCGUUGCGAACGGCCUGCGGCUGUCGGAUCUGAAGGCUCGGACACCUCCGAACGAAGACGCGCGCGUGCGGAGAAAACUCGGCGCUCUUCGAGAGCAGAGACGCGCAAGACUCCGAGAACAAAGCGCGCAGGGUCUUGAGGCUGCCGAUGAGGUCCGAUCCCCUGCUUCUCGCGUCGCGCUGUCAUCGGCCUCGGGAUUUCUUUCUUCUGCAUCUGCCUCGGCUUCGUUUCCAUCGUCUUUGCCCAUUCUCACCUCAACACAUCCAUCGGCCGUCCCUUCCGCGUCCGCGCCUUCGCUGGCUUCUUCCACUUCCUCCCCUCCUUCCUCUUCCUCGUCCGCAUUACGCUCCGUGUCAGCUUUACCUCCUGCGUUCAGUGCCUCUGCAAGGUUGUCUUCGCCUUCUGGAUUCGCGACGCUCGCGUCUCGCCGUCUGUACACUACGCCCGCUGCGAGCCACCGGCGUCGUUCCAGCUCGGCGGCCUUUCUGUCUUCUUCCGCGCCGCUGUCCUCUUCGCGUGCGACGGAAGUCGUUGACGGCAAGAAAGACGUGCGCGCGCGAGGGCCUUCGCGGUUCGACAGAACAAAGACAGGCAAGGGGGUUGUGGAGUCUCGUCGUGUUCACCGCCUGCCUUCAGUGAAACAGAGGCUGGGACCAGCGGAGGGAGUGUUCUUUCUUCCGCAUCCGGUCUUCCGGCGUGGAGACCAAAGCGGUGGCAGGAGGGGUUUGGGUUUCGGUGAGACAGAUGCGAAGGAGCGCGACGUCACGAAGAUGGAAGAGAAGGCAACGACGGAGGACGAAAAAGGACCGAAAGAAGAGGAAAAAGUGGAACUCUGUGGGGAGAGAUCCGAGAAGAAGAGAGUGAAUGUGAGUUGGAAGGAAGACCAGGACAGAGAGGUACCUGAGAGAGAACACGCCGGGUCGGUUCCUGGUCGCGUGCCUUUCGGAAUUCCGCGGGGCGAAGGAAUGGAGGCUGCAGAUUCAUCCGGUGAUGCGUUUGCGAGUUCCGAUUUUUUGACAGAAUCCGUUUGCGUCGAAUCCGUUGAUGAACAGACUGGGGCGGCAACAGCCACACAGGUUGCCGUCUAUGCCCUCGGUCUCGACAGUCUCCCCUGGACGUGUUUUCUCCUUUGCAAGCGUCUGAGGCGGUUUUUGUCUGCGGUGCGCCGUUCUGGUGUUCUCGGGAUUGUCUACGUUCCCGCGCUCUGGCGGGGGCCUUCGCUUCUCUCUUCGGUCCACUUUGACUUCAAUUUUUCCUCCUUUCCACAGCGCGAAAAAGAGAAACUCCGCCGACCUUGGGACAUCUACCUGGCGGCAGGGUCGUGCGUGGAACCUGUGCAAGAACAGCUAGGAUGGCAGGCGCGAAAGCGGCAGAGGAUCCAGGAAGCAGUCACCGAGCUCCGGCAGUUCGUCUGGGGGGGCCGAGGCUUACUGACGUCGGCUAAGCAUGCCCUCGUCGAUCUCUCAGCGGAGAUCGAACGGCUAGCAGAACGGCUGUGCGCAGAGAGCGACGAGGCGCGCGAAGGGACAAACGACGAGAAGGAAGAAACGGAGGAAGAAGAGGAAGAACGGGAGGAAGAGGAGAAGGAAGAGUUGGAAGAGUUGGGAGAAGAGAAGAGAGAAGCGAAAGAAGUCGAGAGAGAGGAAGAUGGACCAGAAGUCGGAAGAUCAAGCCAGGCGGCGACGAAAGGGGACUUGCCGUUUUUUUCGGGCGGUGGAGGAUCGUGGAGUGCGGGUGCGGUUGGAGAGAGAGAGGGCGAGAGCGAGAAGGAAGAUGAGAAACGCCGGGACACGCUCAAGAGACGGGGGAAGAAGGCCAAGCUCAGGCGAGGGAUGAGAGUAACGAAGGCCAGUGGAAAGAAAGGCAACCGCGGUUCCUCAGCAUUGGGAUGGAACGGAGAGGAAGAGAACGAUUUCAAGGCGCACGCCGGAGAGACAGCCGAGAGCCCCCAAAUCCCCAGCAGUUCGCGACGGGGAGAGGACGAAGCUUUUUCGGCCCUUCGAACAGAACAGGCGGAGGCGGAGGACCCGGGCGGUUCAUCGGCUCGGCCCGGUCCCUCCACGCACACACAGGCAGGGGAAUUUGGAAGAAGCCGACAGGGAGAGCGGGAGACACAGGAAGCGUGGCGACACGCGAUGCUCGAGAUUCUGGAGAGAGUGAUCCUCAGGCGAUUUACGACGAUCUGCGACAAACGAGACGUCCUCAUUCUGACGCGUUUUGCCUCGCGGCUCCGCCAGACGGAGACGCCGAGUCUUCAGGAAGCCCCGGAGGCUGGGGCCCCAGGCCCGAAACUCGUCCUGUGCGGCCCCACAGAGGGCUCGGCCGAGAGACAGUUUGUCGAGACUGUCCUCGCCGUCAAGGCUUUUCUCUCUGGUGGCCCCCAGGGCGGGUCUCGUGAGCCGAUCCAGAAAUCCUGCCGGCUUUUGUCGUGCCCUCCGUCCGCCCCCAAGCAGAUGCAGCGAGGGGAAACUCUGGUCAUCUCCAGCCGACCUUCUGGCUCGGUUCCUGCGUCAUCGCCGCUCCCUGCCUUGACUCCUGCGCCGACGCCGACUUCCGUCCUCGCGUUGGGCAACGUAUCCGACCUGCUGGCCCGUGCAGCCUUCGCCGAAUCGACAUUCGACGUUCUUGUCUCCUGGAUUUCUCCGUGGCCUUCACCGCGUCUGUCGUCUCCGAACGUGCGAGAGGCAGCUGCGAAGAACCCUCUCGCAGUAGCCGUUGUCGGCUGGGUCGAAGAAGAUGUCGACGGCGCCCUGGCGUUCCUCGCCAGCGGUUUCGAUCCGUCGCCGACAACUGGCGAAGAGUCGAGCGGCGCGGAGGCACCGUUCCAUCUUCUGUCGCGUCAUCGGAGAAUCACUGGAGUGGCGACGAGACAGGCUGCCGCAGCGAAGGAAAGCGAUGCAAAGCGAGAAGGGAGAGUGAGAACCCCACCAAAAGAAGAAUCUACGGCUACACAAGCUCUUGAUCGUGUGCAGUCGUCGAGCCUGCUCGAUGGACUGAGCUCAACUGUCGUCCAGGUCCCUCGCGCGCUCCUUCCGCUGGUCUUCCAGGCGAGCUUGUCGGCGCUGCGUGAGUUUUUCGACGACCCACGCUUUGACAUUCGAACGACUUGUGCCGCCAUCCUCCACACUUUCGGCGGUACUCUCCUUGAACUGGACUUCUCGUACAGCACCCACCCUGUGCUGUCUCCUGUCUCGUUCUGCUGCGCGCCCUGCUUCGUCUCUGUGGUUCUCGAGUCCUUGGGCUUCUUUUUCCUUCUGGCUUCGUCGCAAUUCGACUUCUGUUCGCUGCCGGUGUCUCCCGACAUCUACCACGUGCUGCGUGGGGAAAGGCGACGCGAUUUGAGACGCGUUCUCGGGGAGGCGAGACGAAAAGAACAGCACAAGCGGGGGGAGGAGAAGGACGAGCGACCGGUCGCUUUGCAGCGAACAGGGAGGAAGCGAGAGGUGGGUGGCGGCGAGCGCACCACGCAGACGAAGCGCGGGAGAGAGACGGGAGAGGAAGAAUCCAGGGAAGAUGAUGCGAGAGACAGGCGCGCCCAACGCGAAGCGCUCAGACACGACCAGAGGGCAGCGGUUGACAACCCUCUCUCGACCGAGGAAUCGCCUCUCGGGUCCCUCUCUUCGUCGCUCUUCUCUUCACAUCGGCUUAUAUUCGAUUGCGAAGCUCUCUAUCCGCCCUGCCAACUGGCGGCGAUUCAGAGCGCGCUCUCGCUCUUCGGCGGGCCCUUCUACGGCGUGAAAGGCGGCACGGUAGCCUGCCCAGUGACCCCGCAGUUUCCGCUUCCCGGCGAUGUAGGGCUCGUGGAAGAAGAAGCGAAAGGAGACGCGAGAGAAGAAACGAUAGAGGAAGCGAGAGAAGCGAGAGAAGAAACGAGAGGCGAGAUGGGUGAAGGUGGGGAGAGAGAGGAGGGCGAGCGAGGGGACAGCGAGGCGGACGAAUGCGGCGGCGCUCGGUCUGCCGACGAGUCAGCCACCGGAGGCCGAUUGGCGAGAAGGGAGGGUGGAAAUGGGAAGAGCGUUGACAGCGGAGAGCUACAGGAGAGACGACAGCAACGGCGCGAAAUGACAGUCGUCGUGUACAAUCCUAAUGACGUCCCGGCGGAUUUGCUUCUUCUCAUCACACGAGAGGGGAACGUCGAGGACCCGGAUCCGGUCUACGACUGCCUCAUGGCUGAGGCUUCCUACAUGGCCAGAACAGAGCCGGAUGUGUUUCUUCUCUCCGGUGUUCCUUUCGGUUUCGCGCCUCUGCCUCGGUAUAGCUCUCAUCCUCCGUCUGCGGUUGCGUCUUCGCCUGACAUUGCCGAACACCCAGACGGAAAGGGAAAAGAGGACGAGCCCUCGGAGAGGUCCGCGGAGUCCCCGCGAGACCGCAGAGGCGCCAGGAGCGAGAAGGAAGCAAGCGGGGAGGCAGCGCGAGAAGGCGAAAGCGAAGUGGAAGGAGAGAUUCAAGAUACGACAGACGGGAAUCCGGCGAACUCAGAGAGAACGGCUGGCGGCUCCGGUGUGGACACUGCCUUUUCGGAGACAAGAACGAGUCCGGAUGAUGACCCCGAAAACCUCUCGUCCCUCCGCGUGCGGUCGGCGAGUGCGUCGGCGCCGCGCUGCAAUUCGCUUAGCGCCUCGGGGCUUCCACGGGGCUUUGUCUGCCGCCUGGGAGCCGGCUGUGGCGCGCAGGGGAGAGCAUGCCCGUCUGUCCAUUGCGUCCACGAGCGCGCCGCAGUCCGACGCUUCGAGCGCCUCUUGAGCGUUAUGUUUCCGCCAGGUGCACUCAAGAAGGAAGUUCGACGCAACGAGUUCCUCGUUCCCUUCGAGCUCGGCGGCCGCUUCAUCGGGCCAGCUGGGAAACACCGCAAGCAUUUGAUCGCGAGAACCCAGGCUUUCAUUUCUGUGUUGAACGAGCGGCAUCGAGGUCCGGACGGACGGUCUUGGCGCCGCCUGGUCGUGGGCGGAGACUUCGCUGCUCGGCUCCGAAUCGUCAGGGAAAUCUUCCGCGUUCUCCAGUGGCCUGCUAGCGAGGCUCUCGAGCCUUGCGCCUCUCGUCGGGGACACUCCAAGGUCAAAGACCACGCGAAGGACCCCGACAAAGCGCUGCUCGAUCUCUUCACUCUGCAGGCUGUCCCGCGAGUGCGCAUGCUCGGUCGCGAUGAAGGCUGGGCGGAGCGGCACGGCGAGGCAGCAGGAGAGGCGAAUCUCCACACCCCCGCGACUUGCAUGCGGUCAAUCCCGUUAGAACGGGGCGUUGCUCGGCUCUUCCGCGGCCUCUCCGAGAGGCUGUUGGACGUCUCCCUUCGACUGACUGUCACGCGGAAAGGCGGCAAAGAGUGCGCGACAAACUGCGGAGACUUUCACGUCGAUCGGGGCCUCCUCCGCGUGAGUCUUGAUCGUCACGAGUUGGAGCUCGUUCGAGUUGUGUCGGCGUCCUCGUUGCGGGCCUCUGCUCCAGACGCUGACACGACGAGGUCGCGGAGGCAAGAGGAGCAAGGAGAUGAGACAGCGGAAGGUGCACGCGAAGGCGACGGCCGCGCCAAGUGCAUCGUUGAGAUGAACGCCGGGGGAGGUACAGGCGGUAACGAAGCAGGUGGUGAAGAGACGGGGGAUCUCUCUGAACUCUCGCCUUCUCGGCGUUGCACGUCUCGCUUGACCGCGAGAGAAACGUACAUCGUGACGAUUCGCGGAACGCUUGAGGCUUUGAAUGGGGGGACAGAAGGCGCCUUGGAGUAUCUCGUGGACAAGACGCGAUUCGAAGAUGUCAAGUUCUCGGACACCGUCCAGUGGUUCUUCUUUGUGCCCGACGUGGAGCAGCGCGGCAGAAUGGGCGCGUCGGAUCCGAAGCGAGAAGGCGACGACCAAGCUCUCGAGGAUUCCCACUGCUACUUUCUUGGCCCCCGAAACGUCAGCGGAACGCCGGCACUGGGCACCCGAGACGCACACCCUCCCGUCGCGUCUUCGUCUUAUUCCGCUCUCUCUCCGCCUAGUGUGUGGAAGCGAGUAGAAGGCGACGAAGCGGUGGAGAGCGCCUGGCAAGCUUUCGUGUCAGGCAUCGACUGGAGUGGACGCGGUGUGGCGCUGCUGCGGAUUGCGGGGGGUGACUACCUUUUUCAGGUGGCGACUUGGACGGCGUUUCCUUUGAUUCGACGAGAACGAGAGGCGGGCGCAGGCAGCGAGGCGCCGCGGCGCGACUGGGGAGCACCGCCCGACGCGGGGUACCGGCUGGUGCGAGAGAAAGGGGAAGCCCGGGGAGAACUCGAAGGCGACGAAGGGGACAGCGGGCCGCAGGGAAGUGAGGCGAAAGAGGAGACCGCCGAUAUUGAGGGCGAGAACAGACUUACAGAGGAGGUGAGGAGUGCCUCUCGAGACUGCGAAGACUUUUCCACGAAUCAGGAUGGUCCUUCAGCGUCAGACGAAGAAGACGCCAAGACCGAAUCCGAGGCGCGGCAACGAGACGAAAAGCUGCUGUCUCCUUCUCUCCCUCAGGAAAUGCACGACGCCUCUGCUUUGGCGCUCCCUGUGGCCGCAGCCGUGUCUACAGAGCUCGAGCCUUCGUUACCUCAAGGGGAGGCGAAGGACGAAGCUGAGCCUAGAGAGGAGACAAGCGCAGCAGAAAAUCGUGGAUCCGACACAGCCCGGUCCCUGGUUUCAGUCGACGAGGAGGGACCCCCUGCGGAAAGACCCGCGUCGAUAUCUUCUGGGCUUCCGAGUCCACGCCUCUGCCCUCGCGUUGCUGAAGCAGACUCUAUUCUGGCAACGGCCGCCUCUGUGGCGUCUCCUUCCGGCGACAUGCGUCGACUCGCGUCCUCCCGCUGCGUUCCCAGCGUAGUUGCGACUUCGACGGAGGCGACGAACAAAGGCUCUGCACUGUUGGAGUCUUCUCUCGCAGCGCUGUUGGGGCGACCCGAGCACCGCGCACUCAGACCCUUUGCGUUCUCAGUCGACUGCUCGUUGCCGCCGGUUCGCCUGACGCGCGUUCAGAUUGGAGGCGCCCGAGGAUCCCGGCGCGGCGCAGCGACCGAGGACGAAGAAGAGGAGGAAACUCGGCAAGAGGCGCGUAGGCGGGAUCUCGGCGAGGCGCAAGCAGGCGAUGACGCGGCGGCUGCCCCGAGAGGCGAGCAGAAGACGCAAAGGGCGCGUGGAAAACAAUCGACGAAAAAAGACGCGAGAGACGGGAGAGAACUCGCCUCGGCCACACGUGGCCAGAGGAAGUCAGAUUCUGGUGAAAGCAGACAAGAAACGCGCGUCUUUCCGGAGGAAGGAGAACCUGUUCAACCCUGCAAGGGCAUUCUCCGCAGCCGCACCCGCGCGUUUCUUCGCAACUUCUUGUGA